AUAAAUUUAGAACGAAGAAGAAAAGAUGGCGGUGUCUCGUAUAGUAUGUGCACGAAAUAUCUAUUUCUAAAGGAUUUUUGAAGCGUUUUUUUUCCUUUAUUGCUGAGGUGUGUCGUCGGUACACUGUUGGAUAACUAUGGGACGGAUACUAAGAUGAUUUCAUCAGACAAGUGGCGUUUUUUCGAUCGGCGGAAGUGCUUUUUGAGGGACGAUUCGCACAUUUGUGAUCCGAAGAUUUCGUUGUUGUUGUAAACUGUGGUUCGCGUACCAUAGUUUAGCGGUCCUUAAAUGGACCUAUAUAUACAGACUCUUACUGGGACAGCUUUUGAGUUGCGAGUUAGUCCUUUCGAAACCAUUAUGAGCGUGAAAGCGAAGAUACAACGUUUGGAAGGUAUUCCCAUAUCCCAACAACACCUUAUAUGGAGGACAACUGAACUUGAAGAUGACUAUUGUCUUCAUGAUUACAAUAUUUGUGAUGGAGCAACUCUAAAGCUAGUCCUGGCAAUGAGAGGGGGACCAAUAAAUACCAGAAGAAUUCCUAUGGAAGAUCCAACUCUCAGAGAAAUGGCAGAGUAUAUGGAAGCAAAUAGGGAUGAGAUAUGGGAUAAACUACCAAAGGAUAAUCGCCAAGUUACUUUACUAGUCUUCAGAGAUGGAGAUCAAUUGAACUUUUUUAGAGUUGUUGACAGAGGUGAUGGAACACUUACACCCCUUUCAGAUUCUCUCAGUGGCGCAUCCAUGUACAAUUUGUAUGAUGAAGAAGAGGAAGAAAAUCAAACUCCAAUCUCCAAAGAAGCCAUGCAGGAAAAUAGCGUUACCAUGAACAAGAUGAAGCUUCUAAGAUCCAGAAUGCACACCCAAAAACCAGGCGUUAAGACCAAGGAACUUGCACAGCCACGCCCGCCAUCUGGAGAAAAACCCAGUUCUUCAAUGAUAAGCACAAGGAGAAGGUUGCAUCUCUCGAAUGCCAGUCAAAAGCAGUCAUCGCACGGUCAGCACAGGCAUCACAGCAAGAGCCACUCCAAACCGCUGCUGCCCCACCCUCCAAGCUCCUCCAUAGAAGCAUCAGGGAUGCGGGGCGGAUCCGACUCAAAGAGCAAGCCCCUUCCACCUGUCAACACCAAGAAGGGCAAACAAAUCGAUGUGUCAGACUUUUUAGCCCAUCAACAAGAACCAAAGCCUGUACCGAGUAUGAGUCGGGCGCUAACAAGAAGCGCAUUCCGUGAAGGCAAACGAAGCAUUACGGAGUUCGUCAAUGACUCUAAGGAGAUUAAACCACUAGGGAGUAUAUCGAAAAAUAAAGGGCGUGGCCCUAGUCCUCGAUAUGGGGACAGUAUAGAACACUCUAUCGGUAGUGCGAGUAUACGAAGACCCAAGAUACCGGAGGACUUAGUACAGACAACUUCUUACUACGGGGAUAUCACGCCUGGGAGUGCCGGGUACAGGCACUUGCGCGGGGGGGUCGAGCAGAGGAUAUCGACCCCUGAGGGACACCACUCGGCACUUCUUAAUGAUUCUUUAUCCUACUCUCAUCGACACAUUCACGACACGAGCGAUCUGUCCGAUUUUCCAAAUCGUCACCUUCCUCCUGUCAAAGCCAAACCGCCGCCCCAGCUCGUGCCGACGAAGAAGAAAACGCGCUGCUUCUCGUGCGGGAAGAAAACCGGCCUCGCGACCACGUACCAGUGCAGGUGCGGUAACUCGUUCUGUGCUACCCAUCGCUACGCCGAGGUACAUAGCUGCACGUACGACUACAAGAGCGAGGGACGCAAGAUUAUAGAGCAAAACAACCCUGUUAUCGCUGCCCCAAAACUUCCAAAAAUAUAAUAAUUCUGUAAAUAUUUUGGUGUUGAAUUGGUGCUAAGCCAGCUGGUUCUGGUUUUUGUCUUUGGUAUUCUAAUUUAUAUCUGUGAUGAUUAUACACAUUUAAAUCUCUUUAAAGACCUUGAUUUUUGCUACUAGCACUUGUCCGAAUUGAUUGAUUACUUUUAAGGUGUUUUUUCUUCUCCAGAACUUUACUGUGCAAUACUGUUAUCAAUUUUCCUUAUUAAUUGAAUAAUUUUGGUAAUCCCUUGUCAACCACACCUUUGUUAUUGUCUCAUUCAAUAUUUGAAGACAAAUUAUGGGAAGAAUCCCAAAGUAAGCUAAAUUUAUAUGCUAAAGUGGAUGCUUUCUUCUACAUUGUACUUUGCUCUUUUUUUUUCAUGAGCGUUCCUCUUUUCUUUCUCCUGCUUUUAAACGCCGAUUUUUGAUCAUCAUAUUUUCUUGUAAAGAACCGGUUUCCUCAGUAUAAAAGAUCACUUUAAAACUUUGCACAGUAAGUACUUGGGUUUCAGUUGUAACCAACUUGAUACCUGACUCCCUUUUUGAGGUUCAAGGAUGUGUUUAUUUAAAUAGCCUUUUUUCAGCCACACCAUUGCUAUUGUUUUCUUCCAAAAUUGAAAGUCAAAUUAUUUCAGAAAUGACCAUCUGAACAUAAAGUUUACAUCAUGGUCUCUUGGUUUUCACCAAUGUCGUUCGAAAGUAUCGCAAUAGCUUUCUUAUAUCAACUGUUGGAAAUGCAUAUCUUUGGCAGAUUACCGUAUUUUGAUAAGAUGACCAAAUGGCACCUGACAGUGGCCGUCUAAUGUUAAUGCUGUCUUCUGAAUAAAGAACCGUGAUAGUGAUAAACGAGAAAAAAUAUCAAAAUAACUCUUAUUCUCCUACAGAUAAUAUUGGCUUUUGGGAAGAGAUUUAAUUUAUUUGACUUUUUGUGUGAUGUCCAUUCCUGCUUAUUGGCAGAACUCUUCAAACUUGUACACAGAGGUAAUGUAAAAUAUUUUCUUAUUUCUAUACAUAUUUAUGUAAUUUAGUAAAGUGUAAAAGCGAAUAUAAUCGAAGGCUAGUGCAGUUUAUUGAUAUACCUCUGAACCAUUCACGUUGGCAUUUCGUGUUCACUUGAUAUUCAGUCUAACUAAAAGUGCAAAUAAAUAAAAUCGAAACCAUGAAAGACUCAAUCUGAAACGGAGCUUUAUAGGUUUUUAAUUGGCUGCUAUAAGUGGGCAGUAAUCUAUAAAUAGUGUACAGAAAGAAAUAUGAGAAAUAAAAACUUCAAUGUUAA